AGACUCACCGCCUCCCGUCGUCAGGGGACGGACAUAACGGGCACACUGCAAAAAAUGGCAAAUUAGCAGCCUUUGACAGUCCAUUUAUUCAAAUAUAUAAAUGUAAAUUGAUUAAUCAUCAUCGUAACCCCAGAGCUAUACUUCACGAAAGAGUAACGUUAACGUAUGAGAGGAUCGAAAUGAAAUGAGGUUGUAUAGGUAAUACUCAGAGUCCCAUAAGACACCAUGUCUGAAGAGGCCGUAUCAGAAAGUGAACUGGAGCAAAGCCUUAACAGUGAAGAAGAGGAUUUGGAAAAUGAAGAAGAAGAAGAAGAAGAAGAUGAAGAGGAUGAUGGGGAUGGAGAUGAUGAAGAUGAUGAAGAUGAUGCAGUUGAGCAAACUGGCAGUCCCCAGGACAACGCAGAAACAUCUCGGGAUGGCGAGGAGUCCGUUAACUCCGGGGAGCCCUCUUCUGAGCCUUCGUCCCAGCCCCCAUCUCGCCCCCCCUCCCGAACUCCAUCCAGACCUCCAUCUCAACCUCCGUCGAGACCUGCUUCUUCCUCCCAGCCACAAGCCAGUCCAGAGGACUCCAGCCAGAGCAAGCCACCUGUGCUCAAAACUAAAACCCCAAAGACUAAAUCAUCCAAAUCCGCAAAGUCCUCAAAAUCCUCCAAGUCCUCCAAGUCCUCAAAGUCCUCCAAAGGUUCCAGACUAUCAAAGACAUCGAAACCUACACACAUGAGGAAGAACAUCAGAAAGCUGCUGAAGGAGCAUCAGCUGGAGGCUGGGACCAAAGCGGCCCAGCAGGAGGAGAUGGAGCGGCGGAAGCGCCUGGAGCAGCAGAGAAAGGACUUCCCCACCACAGCCCCCCCGGUUGCUGAACCUCAACCAGGUUACCCCUCAGACACUACAUUAAGGGCAGGGGAAGCAGCCCAGUUGGUUCCCACUUUGCUCAGCAAGCAGGAAAUCAUCUGCCUGGAUAGUAGUGGUGGUGAGGAGGAGGAGGAAGAGGAGGAGGAGGAGGAGGAAGACGACAAGGAAGAAGCCUCCAAGCUUCCUGACUCUGAUGUAAUUGAGCUGAGUUCUGGGGACGAGGACGCCCUACAAAUCAGUAGUGAGUCCGCUGACGAGGAGGCGGAGGGUGGAGGCACGCAGGAGAGCAGCGGCGCCCAUGUCAACGAUGCGCUGAACCAGCCCGAUACCCAGGGGCGAGUGCUGGUCAACAUCAACCACCCAGCCGACGAGGAAGACCUCUACCUCGCCCCGCAGUUAGCCAGGGCUGUUAAACCUCACCAGGUUGGAGGAAUCCGCUUUUUGUAUGAUAACCUUGUGGAGUCCCUGGAGAGGUACAAGAGUAGCAGUGGUUUUGGCUGCAUCCUGGCUCACAGCAUGGGGCUGGGGAAAACCCUGCAGGUCAUCUCCUUCGUAGACAUCCUGCUAAGGCACACUGGGGCCCAUACCGUGUUGGCCAUUGUCCCUGUGAACACCCUUCAGAACUGGCUAACCGAGUUCAACCUCUGGCUUCCUCCCCAAGAAGCCCUGCCACCCGACACCGACCCUGCCUUCGCCACGGGCCGCACAUUCAGAGUUCACAUUCUCAACGACGAGCACAAAACGACGGUGGCCAGGGCGAAGGUGGUGGAGGACUGGUCAAGAGACGGAGGAGUGCUCCUCAUGGGCUAUGAGAUGUACCGCCUGCUGUCUAUGAAGAAGACUUUCGUCAUGGGCCGCAAGAGGAAGUCUAAAAAGCCUGCCGGGCCCAUCAUCAUCGACCUCGACGAGGAGGACCGACAGCAGGAGCUCAUGAAAGGUAUCGAGCGGUCCAUCGCCCGGCCCGGCCCUGAUGUGGUGAUCUGUGACGAGGGCCACCGCAUCAAGAACUGCCACGCCAACACGUCGCAGGCCCUGAAGAGCAUCCGCUCGCGGCGCCGCGUGGUGCUGACCGGCUACCCGCUGCAGAACAACCUCAUCGAGUACUGGUGCAUGGUGGACUUCGUCCGGCCCGACUUCCUGGGCACGCGGCAGGAGUUCAGCAACAUGUUCGAGCGGCCCAUCCUGAACGGGCAGUGUGUGGACAGCACGCCGCAGGACGGACGGCUCAUGCGCUACCGCAGCCACGUGCUGCACAGCCUGCUGGAGGGCUUUGUGCAGAGGCGAGGCCACGACGUGCUGCGAGACCAACUCCCCUCCAAGGAGGAGCACGUGAUGCUGGUGCGCCUGUCGCCCAUCCAGAGAGCGCUCUACACGGAGUUCAUGAACCGCUUCCGAGAGGCCGGCAACAGCGGCUGGCUGGGCCUCAACCCCCUGAAGGCCUUCUGCGUCUGCUGCAAGAUCUGGAACCACCCCGACGUGCUGUUUGAGACGCUGCAGAAGGAGAACCUGGCCAACGAGCAGGACCUGGACCUGGACGACCUUGCCUCUAACCCCAGGGGCCCCUCUGCCGGCCUCAAGGGCAAGGCCAACGCCGCUCUGCCUCCCAUCAACCACAGUCAGGAACGAGCCAAUCAAGUCAUCACCUACGAAUGGGCUAAAGACAUCAUGUCCAGGUACAGGACCGGGGUACUGGAGAACUCUGCCAAGAUGGUUCUGCUCUUCCAUCUGAUUGAAGAGAGCGUGCGGACCGGUGACAAGAUCCUGGUGUUCAGCCAGAGCUUGUCUACCCUAACGGUGAUAGAGGACUUCUUGGCGAAGAGGCCCGUACCGGUACAUGGAGACAUGCCCAGCCAGCCCUGGGUCCGCAACAUCAACUACUACAGGCUGGAUGGAAGCACAUCCUCCUCAGAGAGAGAGAGACUCAUCAACCAGUUCAAUGACCCGCAGAACACCAAUGCAUGGGUGUUCCUACUGUCUACAAGGGCGGGCUGCCUGGGCGUGAACCUGAUCGGGGCCAACCGCGUGGUGGUGUUUGACGCCUCCUGGAACCCGUGCCACGACGCCCAGGCCGUGUGCCGGGUGUACCGCUACGGCCAGAGGAAGCCCUGCCAUAUCUACCGGCUGGUGUGCGACUUCACCCUGGAGAAGAAGAUCUACGACCGGCAGGUCUCCAAGCAGGGCAUGUCGGAUCGUGUGGUGGACGACCUCAACCCCGUGCUGAACUUCACGCGGAAGGAGGUGGAGUCCCUGCUGCACUUUGUGGAGGAGGAGCCCGACCAAAAGUACUCCCUGAAGCCCCACGAGGACAUGGAGUCGGUCAUGAGCCAGGCCUGCCUGCUCUACCCUCACCUCAUCACCAAGAUCCCCUUCCACCACGAGUCUCUUCUGAUGGACCGGAAGGAGUCCAAGUUGACCAAGGCAGAGAAGAGAGCCGCCAAGAAGAGCUACGAGGACGAGAAGAGGGCCUGUGUCCCGUACUCACGUCCGUCCUACGCCCACUACUACCCCACCAGCGACCAAACCCUCGCCAACAUACCAGCGUUCAGCCAGCGCAACUGGUGUCCCGGUGGCAGGCCAGAGGACAAGCCCGUGGCUAGUGUCCGGCCCAUCCAGUCCACUCCCAUCCCCAUGAUGCCUCGGCAGGCCAGCAUGGCCGGGUCCAGCUCUGGAGGGGGCGGCUUUCCUGUCAACUUCCUGCAGAAGGCGGGAGUUUAUGUCCAGAGGAUCGUAACAACAACUGACAUUGUUAUUCCAGGAGCCAACAGUAAUUCAGAGGCCCAGGCCAGAAUAGGAGCAGGAGAAAGCAUCCAUGUCAUCAAGGGUUCUAAAGGUACCUACAUUAGGACCAAUGAUGGUCGAAUCUUUGCCAUUCGAUCAGGAAAGAUCAACCGGCAAGUAACGGGAGGCUCCUCAUCUUCAAGAGACCUGCAGGGUUCCCAGGCUCGCGCCAUCAGCAAUGGCUGCUCCUCCCCCACCCAGAGCAGCCCGGACGGACCCCCGCGGCCCUCCUCCCCCGAGAGCCCUGAGAUCCUGCGAGAACUCCGGCGCUACGCAGCCUCCGCCGACGAGGACAUGGCGGGGGCGCCCGGCGGCCUGCCCUCACCGCUGGACAUGUCGUCCGGCGCCGCCAGCGACUCCCAGCACUACCAGUCCGGUGACCUCAGAGACGACCUCCCCGCAGUCUCCGCCUCCGACCUCCGUGGAAACAAGCGCAAGCUGAGCGCCAACAGCAGCAACAAGCCGUUCAGCAGCAAGCGCGCUUCUGCGGCCGGCCGCUACCAGGGCAUGUCCCUGGGCAGCGGCGGCUCCUACCCACAGGCCGGCCUCACCUCGUCCUCCUCCAUGAUGGGGAACAUGGGUCACAUGACCCACCCGUACCACAUGGGCAGCGGCGGGGGUCCCUCCUCCUUCCUCCAGAACGCAGGGCAGGCGCUGGGCGACCUGCAGGCCAUGUUCCCGUCGGCCGCGUCGGACCUGCUGGGCCAGGGGAACGGACACCUGCCCUCCACGGUCCCCUCUUGCUCCUCCCUCUCCUCCGUCUACUCGUCCGCCGGGCCAGCCGUGUCGGCCGCCUCCACCUCCUCCUCCUCCUCCCCCUCCUCCUCCUCGCUGGCGCAGGGCUCCCUGCCGCCCUACCUGAUGAACCCCAGUAUGGCCGGCCUGCUGUCCCCGGGCUACUCCCUCAACUACGGCGGGUCCGAGCCCAGAAUGUACUCCAACCCGCCCGGGGGGUUCCCGUCGUCGGGCCCCGGCCCCUACAGCGGCUCCCGCUCCAGCCUGCUGGGCAUGGCGCUGAGCCAGGCGGACGGCCCGCUCGCCGGGGACACCGACCACAGUAGCUCUGACGAUGACGUCAUCGAGGUGAUGGGCCAAUAGGCCAUCAGAACACCUGGCAUGUGAUUGGCUCCUCAGCCCCAGCCCCUUCCUUCCUCACCCCCAUGUCAUUAAUUGUGAAUCACCAUGUAAGGGACAAGACCUUUCACUACCAGUUUACAUGAACAGUUGUGGGGGGGUUGUGAAAGACACUAGUAGUUUAGAUGGUUCUGCCACAUGGGUCUUUGGGCAUACGUUCGUAGUAUUGGAGUCAGACAUGUUUUUUUAUUUUUUAUUAUUGGAAUAACAUGUGCAUCAGUCUUUUGAUAAAUCUUGUAAAACUACUCCCAAUCAUUGUUUUUUUCUAGGCUAGGAAAUCAACAAAUCCACCAUAAAUAAGGUUUCCCAGCUCACCUUUUCACCCCAGAAAGAGAGACUGCUCAGUGUAGUGUCGUGAAGAAAUGCAUCCAUUCGAUUUCACAGGAUCUGAAAAUGUUCCACAUUCCAUUUUGCUGUGUUGUUGCACCUCUUUGCCUUUUAUUUCAUGGAGGUUUAUGGUCAACUUUAAUACUAGAACGUACUAGUUCCGAAUUCAAAGACAUAUUUACUGAAAUAAAAUGACAAAUAUCUCAGACAUCUGCAGUGCAGGACGCCACUAUAUCGGAUCAUGUGUUUGUUUGUUCGGUCCACCAAUUCUAUUUUUCCCCAAACAAACCCUCUUCUUCAUCUUCAAGCCAGGUUUUCCAGUGUGAAUAAUUUCAUUUUUAAAUGGGGCAAUUUGAUUUUAAAAAGGCCUGUAAUUAAUCUUUCUCAAUGAGUAGCUGCGAAAUUUGUUGUGAAAUAUAAGGCUAUAAAAUAAGUCUAAUAAAAUCCAAUAAAAGUUGA